CCGCUUCCGAAAGUAGAAACCAUAGCAACAGCACUUAUAAAUAUAUAUAUAUUGUCUGUGUUUAUUCUAUAUUAUCCACAAACACAAAUAAAUAAUUUAUUCAUAAUCAUUUUAUUUACAGUAAAUAUACAGUCAGCUAAUUGGUCUCGUCCGUUCAAUUAUGCUAUACCGCCGGACGGCACCCAUUUUAUUAGACUUAAAUACGUUUAAAAUACAGUGUAAAUUAAUUUCGUUUUCAUCGCUCUUCAUUUCUGAGCAAUUAAAAAAAAAACACGAGAGAAAUUUAUGACUAUAUUUUUUAAUUUUUAUUGCGGAACGCCAAAAACGGAAUCUGCUGUUGCAGAAGGGAGCGGUUAAAGGGGUGCGCAGGAAGAGGAUUCAGUUGUUGACAUGCGUUUGGUUUUUUUCUACACUUUGCUGGAAACCGAAAAGACAGAAACACGAUCGAGUCGCUAAAUAUUGAGAAAUAAUUACAGGUUCUUUUUUUGUUUAAAACAAUUACAGAAUCCUAAAAAGUCUGACGGCCGUUUUUGGAGGAAAAGCCACAUCCGUAUUCCAGUUGCUUGACGUUUAAAAGGGCUAACUGUCCGUCGUUGUGGUCAGACCCGACCUUUGCAGGUAAGCCAUAAACCACCGGCGUCACGCUGAAGCGCAGAGCGGCACAGCAUGUCUCAGGCGACCAAGAGGAAGCACGUGGUGAAGGAGGUUUUGGGAGAUUACGUCAUCCCCACGGAACGGCAGCAGAUCGUUCGGGUUCUGGGAACUCCCGGGAACAACCUCCAUGAAGUGGAGACGGAGCGGAGAGAGAGAUUCCUGGUCACCAUGCCCACCAAGUUCAGGAAGAACAUCUGGAUUAAACGAGGUGAUUUCCUCAUCGUGGAUCCCAUUGAGGAAGGAGAGAAAGUGAAGGCAGAGAUCCGCUUCAUCCUUCACAAAGAUUAUAUCCGCUAUCUGAAGAAGGAAGGAGCCUGGCCUGAACAGUUCUGCGCGGUGGCGGCCGAGAGUGACUGCGGCAGCAAAAACGGACACUCCGAAGUUGAAAAAGCAGACGGCUGCUUGGAGGAGGAGGGGGCGGGGUCAGAAGAGAAGGGGGCGGGGUCAGAAGAGGAGGGGGCGGGGUCAGAGGACAGCGAAUCAGAGCCGGACGACAGCGACCUGUUUGUCAACACGAACCGGGUGGAUUACGAAUACACAUACAGCGAGGAGGAGGAGGAGGAGGAUGAGGAGGAGGAAGGCAGCGCAGACAGGAAGGACUGAUCCGUCCUCCAUCUUCCAGGAACACAAGCCCCCGGAAGAGACCCGCACCGCGCUCUGAACGCCGCAGUGAUUUAAAGCAGAGGAUCUCCGACUCCUUGGGCCGCUCCCACCACGUCUGUGGUGCUUGAAGACGCUCCCUCCCUCCCUCGUCUACUGCAGGGGUUCUCAAAACCCGGUCCCCGGGGCCCCCUCUGUUAUGUCUGCUGGUUUUCAUUCCAACUGAGCUCUCAAUUACUUCACAAAGACCCUUCACUGAACCGAUCGCUUGAUUAAACAGUUGCAGAUUUUAAAAGUUACUUUAUAAAAAUGUUACGGCGAACUUGAAAUCUAAAUUUUAAGAGCUGAAAACAAGUAGAGGUCUAAUUUAAGCGAGCGAUCAGGUCUGUGAAGGGUCUGGUUCAGCGAUGGAGAGCUCAGUUGGAAUGGAAACCAGCAGACACAGCAGAGGGGGCACAGGACCGGGGGGUGGGGGAGCGCUGGACUGUUUCAACGUUCCUUUUAAUAUAGAAUUGAAACCGCUUCCGUCUCCAGUGUUUGUUCAGCACUGGCAGAGGGGGGAGGAAAAUGUUCUAGAAAUGUGGGUCAGCAUAGGCUUCAAUACCCACACAAAUAAAUAAGAAGGAGUCUUUAGACCCUCGUUUUAUUACAACGUUGAAAAAGGGAGGGGGACGAAAUCCUACAUUUGUUAUCUUGGGACUUUUAAGAUUUGACGUUGGUGGAGAACCGAAGCGUCGUGUUUCAUUGGUCGCCAAGGCUGUGUGGUCCAGUGGUUAAAGAAAAGGGGCUUGUUACCAGGAGGUCCCCGGUUCAAAUCCCACCUCAGCCACUGACUCAUUGUGUGACCCUGAGCAAGUCACUUCACCUCCUUGUGCUCCGUCUUUCGGGUGGGACGUAGUUGUAAGUGACUCUGCAGCUGAUGCAUAGUUCACACACCCUAGUCUCUGUAAGUCGCCUUGGAUAAAGGCGUCUGCUAAAUAAACACACAUGUACAUAUCGAUUAAAUACAUGGUACAAAGAAAAUGUACUUUUCUGUGACAGACAAACGGUGCGCUACAAAAUAAUAAUGAAAUAUAUAUAUAUAUAUGCUGGCUGAUUUGUGUUUUUGAAGGUCGAUUCUACUGCUGCAUGUGUUUUAUUAAAUUGGUCUGAAUGCUUUAAGCACUAGAGAGAUGAGGAGCAUGGGAGAGUCAGCAGACCAGACUUACACACAGACAUCAACACAGAUCAUUCUACACCCAGCAGCGUGCAGGUUUAUCAGAACCUGCGAUUUAUUUAAAAUACUGAGAGAAAAGGGACACAGAGCCACACACGGUGAAACGCAGGAGACUUUUCAGAAGCUGUUUACCUAAUUUAAAAGCACGAAGCGGUCUGACACAUUUUCACACAGGAGCGGCUGUUGUGUCUAUAGAUUACUGAGCGGAGAUUGAGAUUCUCACACCCAGAGGGGUUUUCAUAAGUCCAAUACAGCGAUACCCACUUAGCGAUGCCAUUAAAAUGCCAAGAGAAUUAUCGUUGCGCAGUUAGCAUGGGGCACGUUUGCACGCUACUCUGUCCGUAGACCUGUACAGGAAACACCUUCAAAUUAAUUCAAUUCUAGUCUUUUUUUCAAGGUAUACGAAAUUCAAAACGACAAAAAUUUUGACUAGCUGUUGUUAUUUUUUUUUUGUUUUAAGACCAUGAAAAGGAAUACAAGCAAAAAUCUAAAAACAGAAGUCAGAUCUUACAAACAGUCAGGCUUAAAUGGUUAAUAUUUUUAAUUAAAACUCAAAUGCAUAUUACACUGUACCACAUCAGUAUUUUUUCAUCACCACCCCUUACCAAAUACUUUGUGUUCCUCUUAUAAAUCACUUACAAACUGUAUUUAUUUUCUGAAGAAACUGAAUGACUCAACAAAAGCUUUGCAACGGCCAAUUCCAAGCUUCAAGUUUCCAUAGAAACUCGCCUCGAACCGCUACAGAAUUUGAAGUCUUGUGUAUAUGCGUUUCAUUCACAGUCGCUGUGCACCCAACAGAGAUGCCUGGAAACAGUGACAUCUGCUGGGGAGAGGCUGGUACUGCAGCCGGUUUUUUGGUAUGGCCAAUUUUAAUACAAAAAUAUGUUCAAUAACGGGUGCGACCUGAAGAGGGCGCAUCUAGGAUUAAAGCUCGCUUGUUAUAUUUUGGGGUGUAUGCAGGUUUUCAUGAGGGGUACAGUUUGGCAAAACUGAGCUCACAGGAGAGAUGUUGAGACAGAAUGACAGAAAGCGUCUGUCGCUUUCCUGGCGCUAAACUGCAAGCACAGCCUUUAAACAAGACUAGAAUCAGAACUGCACAAAAUCAAUCUAAAACACUUACCCUUUAAAAUAAAAAAAGAGGGUAAGGGUCAGUGUUUAUUUGAUUCUAACAGGAUUUUAAUUCUGCAUAGACUUUCU